AUGAAGUUCAUCACCCUUGUCGCUGCUCUCCUCGUCUCUGCUGCUGCUGUCUCUGCUGCUGCUAUCCCUGUCCAUGUCAAGGAUGCUGUCGCUCUUCAGGAGGAGCAGAUCCAACCUCAGAACCCCGCUGGCGAGCCUGCUCCCACUUCCUUCAAGUCUUACAUCGUGGUCUUCAAGUCGACUGUUGCUGCUCAGUCUAUCGAGAAGAUCGAGCGUGAGGUUUCGUUCCUUGGUGGUAGAAUUGUUCACCGCUACAACACUGUCCUCAAGGGUUUCUCUGCCUACAUCCCUGGCUCCGUUGUCUCUGCUUUGAAGACCAACCCUGCGAUUGACUACAUUGAGGAGGAUGGCACUGUCUCCGCCCUCUAA